AUGUCGUCCAUCUUGCCGUUCACCCCUCCUGUGGUGAAGAGGCUCUUGGACUGGAAGAAGUCGACGAGCGGUCCGGGGUUAGCGGGGAGCGGCGAACAGAACAGACAAGAGGAGCGGUGGUGCGAGAAAGCCGUGAAGAUCCUGGUGAAGAAACUUAAGAAGACGGGUCGGCUGGACGAGCUGGAGAAAGCUAUCACCACGCAAAACUGCAACACAAAGUGUGUCACCAUCCCGAACAGUUGCUCUGAAAUAUUCGGACUGAGUACGCCAAAUACGAUAGAACAGUGGGAUACAUCGGGCCUAUACAGCUACCCUGACCAAACCAGAUCCUUAGAUGGCCGCCAGCAGGUCUCGCACAGGAAGAGCCUUCCUCAUGUCAUCUACUGCCGCUUGUGGCGAUGGCCGGACCUUCACAGCCACCACGAGCUGCGCGCCAUUGAGGCCUGCGAGUAUGCCUUCCACCUCAAGAAGGACGAGUUGUGCAUCAACCCCUACCACUACCAGAGGGUGGAGACGCCAGUGCUGCCUCCUGUUCUUGUGCCAAGACACUCGGAAAUCCUGCCAGAGCUGCCGCCUCUGGACGACUACACUCAUUCCAUACCUGAAAACACAAACUUCCCCGUAGGAAUUGAACCUCCAAACAACUAUAUACCAGAGACGCCUCCACCGGGCUACAUCAGUGAGGAUGGAGAGGCCAGCGAUCAGCAGAUGAAUCAAAGUAUGGACACAGGUUCUCCACCAGAACUCUCUCCCAGCACUCUGUCCCCAGUCAAUCACAGCAUGGACCUGCAGCCGGUGACGUACUCCGAGCCAGCCUUCUGGUGCUCUAUAGCGUACUAUGAGCUGAACCAACGCGUGGGGGAGACGUUCCACGCUUCUCAGCCUUCGUUGACCGUUGAUGGAUUCACAGACCCGUCAAACUCUGAGCGGUUUUGCCUCGGCCUGCUGUCUAACGUCAACAGGAACGCCACCGUGGAGAUGACUCGACGGCACAUAGGAAGAGGAGUUAGACUGUACUACAUUGGAGGGGAGGUGUUUGCUGAGUGCUUGAGUGAUAGCGCUAUCUUUGUCCAGAGUCCAAACUGCAACCAGCGGUAUGGCUGGCAUCCAGCGACAGUGUGCAAAAUUCCUCCAGGUUGUAAUCUAAAAAUCUUCAACAACCAGGAAUUUGCAGCCCUACUGGCUCAGUCAGUCAACCAGGGCUUCGAGGCGGUCUACCAGCUCACCAGGAUGUGCACCAUUCGGAUGAGCUUCGUCAAAGGCUGGGGAGCCGAGUAUAGGCGACAAACUGUCACAAGCACGCCAUGCUGGAUCGAGCUGCACCUGAACGGCCCGCUACAGUGGCUGGACAAAGUUCUCACCCAGAUGGGCUCCCCGUCUGCACGCUGCUCCAGUAUGUCCUAAACAGCAAAGGAAUUGCCCAAAAGUCCAUUACAAAGAUGAAUACACUCCAAACUGGAAAAAAAAAAAAAUCUCCAUAACAAAAUUAGUUUUUGUGACAUACUUCAUAGUAUUUGUGGCCCGAUUCCACAUCUGUUUUAUCUUAACUCACACACACACACUCACAGAAGAACAAAUUCACCAACACAGUUCCACUUGCAUAUAUACUCAUGCAGAUUUUUCUAUUGAAAACCUAAAAAAAAAAAAAGAGAUCGGCACUUUGUUACCCAUCUAUAUCAUGCACCUUGUUAAAUUGCUUUGCCCCAAAUCCUUAAUAUUAGAUCUAUUUGUGGUACAAAUAAAAAAUGUAUAUUGGUUGUCGUCUGGGAAGUAGAGGAAAUACCAAAAAUAUCUGUGAAUAGGUUCUCAGUGUUGAAGAUUGCUUGAAUGCUGAAGUGAGUUUUGUUCCAGCCCACCACAACCAUUGUUCUCAACCCAAGUUUACUUUUCUCUGGGAGACUCAGGGGGGGGGGGGGGGCAUCUGUCGUCAAGGGGAGGUGGCUUAUCCAAGAAAUGAUGGCCUUGGUGGCUGUUUGUCUCCUGAAGGAAAUACCACAAUGUGUUUAUGAAAUCUGAGUCGAUUGCCUCUGCCACAAUGGGCCCUUUUUUUUAAUUAGCGCAGGGUGUCAUUCUAAGACAUGCCUUCCAAAUAGACAUAUAGGAAUGUUAGCAAAAUAAAUCUUUCCAUAGCUCUAAAGGAAGUGCACUAUGCGACCGGCUGUAGCUUAUUUUAGAGGGUAUUUUGUUUUUUUUUUGGUGGUCAUAUGGCACCCCUCAUUCUCUUAGCUGACUUGGAUCUGAGCUGAUGCACCUGGUUUCAUAGCUAUCAGCCAGGGUUUGCAGGGCGCACUGGGCAGGAACCAGAAAAUAUCGAGUUAUCAAAAAAGCUUUGUUUUUGUUUUUAAAUUCAACCCUGGGACUCUCUGAGUUCCGUAAGGUGAAGUAUUAAACGCCUCAUCAGGAGAAUUUUUGAAGGCAUCAGUAAAUUCAUUUUGUCCAUAGCCAAUAUCUCCAUUGUUUUGCUACUUUUUGUAUUUGUGUGUAUUUUUUAUAUAUAUAUAUAUAAGCAUCCGUAACAUUUUUUUUUCUCAAUCACUUUUUAUUAAGAUAUUUUCAAAACCACAUUUAUUUUAUAAAAUGACAGAGAUCAUUCCUACAUUUUAUCCCAAAUUCUAACAGCAUCUUUGUCUCAGUGGAAAAAAAAAAGAAAGUAAUCACUGCCCUUACAUCCUAUGUAGCCUAUAUUUAGCCUUUGUUUUUUUUUUUUGUUUUUUUCCCAAAGAAAUCUGGUGCGUCUAAAGCUCAGAAAACAGAUUUGACUGAACAUUUCAAUCCAGUUCCUUGUAGUUAUUUGUAGAUGUUGGAAAAAAUUGAUUUUACCCAUUUUGUUUCUUUUUUUUCUUUCUUUGUGUGUGUAACUUUUGUCCAAGCACAUUUGACCUCGAGCUUUCUGGUGCUUUGUCAAGCAAGGCAGACUCAACCACACACAAUUGGCUGUUAAAGUGUUCCAGCUAAACUGGAUGGGAGUGAAUGUGCCUGCACACUGGGACAUUAUGUGUUGAUGUGCGUAUCGUGUUCGUUCAGUCUUUAAAGGACCGCUUGUACAACGAGACUUACUACCUUAAACUCAUUACUUGGUUGUUGCAAGUUUAAUAUGUCCCCAGCUCCACCCGUUGAUGUACAUGUGUUUACCAUAUGGCACUAGAGAUUGUACUUGAAGUGCACCUAGUGAAUUUUGGAUUUUUGGGAAACUGAACCAUGUGUUUGGGUCCAGUGUUACAUUGUUCUUAUCUUUGGCCUACAACAUAUGAAUGUGAAGAAGAAAAGAAAAAAAUACAAUACAAAAUACCGACGUGGACCAGAUGUCAUAUGCAUAAAACAAGUAGUACAUCGUGUGUAUUUAACAGUAAUCUUUUUUUGCAAACCAGUCAGUACUGUAGACGUCGCAGUUGUUUUACCAAUAGAGGGCGGUGUUGAUAGAGCAGUUCUUCUUUUGUUUUGUUUUUUGUUUUUUUUUCUUUUUGUUUUUUCGACCAUGAGCUUCUCAGGCGUGUGGCAUAUUAUGCAGACUUCAUAAAAACACUAAUAAAGAUUUUUAUUCUCAUGA